UACUCAGAUGCGCGAGAUAAGGAGAUACAAGCUUAUCUUUACCACCACCGCCGCCACAACGACCCGCCGCCCACGUUCUCCACCCUUCCUGCCCUCCACUCACGGCUCGAGCCAACACGCAGCUCACGAAGGGAAUUUUGACACGUAGUAGAAGCUUAACCAUGCCGCGCCGCCUCAGCCCCGACCAGCUGGCGGAGGCGAAGGAGUGCUACGCUAUCUUCGGCAACCGCGGCGGCAUCCCCAUCAGCGAGCUCGGCAACGCCCUGCGCGCCCUGGGGAUCAACACCUCCAACGCCGAGAUGCGGGCGAUCGUGGCGGACAUCGGCUCGCCCCCAACGGUCAACUUCGAUUUGUUCAAGACGGUGCUAAGCAAGGACAACCUACCGCCGCGGGAGUCGCCGGAGGAGGUGCGGGAGGCGCUGGGCAUUUUCGAUAGCGAUGGCGACGGGCGGAUCCGAACGGAGGAGCUGAAGCACUUGAUGAUGACGAUGGGCGAGAAGCUGUCCAAGGAGGAGGUGGACAUGCUGAUCACCGAAGCCAACAUCGAUGACGACGGCCACGUCUCCACCGAACAGUUUGUGCAGCUGAUGACGCAGAAGUAGGAUACACAGAAGAUAGGGUAGACAGACCGACACAGUGAUGGUCCAUAAGUAAGAAAGACAGACACGCAAGUAACAGCGAUGACCAAGAGCAGAAUGUGAGACAGUUUUUGUAUUUGUGGACCUUGAAGUAAAAUAGUUAAAGACA